CAAACAGACAGGUUAAAGCCGUUUAGGGUUUAAGCAGAAUCUAGAAAUUAGCAGUUAGAGACACUGAGAAGCAGCAGCUCUCUUCCUCAGCUGCUGUGUGCUUAGGCAAAGAAUAAAAUGGGGGCAGACAAAGGGAAGAAGCAGAAAGUGGAUGAGGAAAACAACAAUGUUAUUGAUGAAAAGCUCAUUUUUUCCAUUGAAAAAUUGCAAGAGAUACAAGACGAGCUCGAGAAGAUCAAUGAAAAAGCAAGCGACGAAGUGUUGGAAGUAGAACAGAAGUACAACGAGAUCCGCAAGCCUGUCUACGAUAAGCGAAAUGAUGUCAUUAGCUCUAUUUCUGACUUCUGGUUGACUGCUUUUUUGAGUCAUCCUGUUCUUGGUAACCUUCUCACUGAAGAGGACCAAAAGAUUUUCAAAUUUGUAAGUUCUAUUGAAGUGGAAGACUCAAAGGAUGUGAAAUCGGGUCAUUCAAUCACGUUUAACUUUAAGCCCAAUCCUUAUUUUGAAAAUUCAAAGCUCUCAAAGACGUAUACCUUCCUUGAAGAUGGACCUACAAAAAUUACAGCUACAACAAUAAAAUGGAAAGAAGGCAUGGGCAUUCCUAAUGGAGUUGCUGACAAGAAGAAAGGAAACAAGCGGUCCCACGCUGAAGAAAGUUUCUUUACAUGGUUCAGUGAAGUCAAUCAAAAAGGUGAUGUGGAUGAUGACGAAAAUGAGAUUCNUCAUACUAUGUCCCUUGAGCCUGAUGAAGAAGAUAUUGAGGGCGAUGAGAACAAGAAAGUAUCUAUUCUGACAAAGUAUUUGUUCCUUCUCUUCCUUUCCCCCUUGGGCCGAGGAAGAGAAGGUCACCUGUUGGAAGCUUACACUGGAAAGGACAGCGGAGGCUCUGAAGAGGAAGAAGAAGAGGAAGAUGAUGAAGAUGAAGAAGACGAAUGAACUGUUGGUAGACCUUGUGUUUGAUUUGAGUUCUCAUCAGUGUUUCAAUCAUCAGAGUUGGUCUCUGUAAAGAGGUUUCGGAUAUUGCAGAAAAAUUGAAUGACAUAUAGUGGUGACUCUAAUUUUUAGUUUCAGUGAACUUUUUCUUUCAUUUCUCCUUUAA